AUGCCACGCGCGGGCGACUCGCCCCCUUCCAAGAGACAGCGGACCGGCUCUCUUUCGCCCCACUCUCGUCGCGCAUCCUACUCUCGGACGUCGCGCAGCCCAGAGGAUACGCGGUCAAGGCGGCGGGAUCCCUUGGAGGGCUUCGACGACGAGGCCGAGGAACCGGACGAUGCCCGCGACCGGCGAGACUUGAGCGACGGCGAGAGGGGAGACGAGCCGGAGGACGGUCACAGCGAAGGAGAGGACGAGGAGGAGCUGUGUGCGAUCUGUCUGUCGCCUAUCGAGAACCGGUCUGUCAUCUUCCCCUGCCACCACGGCCAGUUCUGCUGGCAGUGCAUUCGAGCGUGGACAGAUCAGAGUCGAAAGUGCCCCCUCUGCCUCGGCCCGAUCGAGCACCUCAUCCACAACAUCCGCUCGUCGAAGGACUACCAGACGCACUACCUUCUCCCACUACACGCCAUCGCCUCGACUUCUUCAGCGGCAGACGACCUCCUCCCUCCUCGAGGCGCUCGUCGACCUGCCGUUAAUCCUACAUUGCCUCGUCACGCCCUGUACGGUCGAAACCGCUACUCGUCCGCUGCCCGUCUCAACAACCUUGACGAGACGACAUGGCGCGAGCGGGAAGAGGAGCGGGCUCUCGAGCGGCGCAGGUUCAUCUACCGCGAGGGGCUGUACGCGAAGCAUGUUGCGAGCAAUCGCUACACCGGCUUCAAGCCUUUCACGCCGCAGACGUUCGCCAGCAACCCGGAUCUCAAGGCUCGGGUCAUCAAGUUCAUCCGCCGCGAGCUCCAAGUCUUCCCGGCUGUCGAUGUCGCCUUCCUCACCACCUACCUCGUCUCCAUCGCUUCUCAGCUCGACCUGCGUUCGGCAGCCGCCAUUCGUCUCAUCUCGGACUUCCUGUCUGAGCAGGAUGCCCAGCAUCUCGUACAUGAGAUUGUCACUUUCGCCCGCUCGCCGUUUACCUCGCUCGAAGGAUACGACCGCUUCGUCCAAUACGGCCGGCCGACGAGGGAAGUGCCAAAGGCACAGGAGCUCGAGGAGAUGGUGCAUGACCCGGAGGAGCUGAGUCGCCAGGCGCCUCGCUUCGAGGAGCAUAUGCGGAAGAGACGAGACGAGGAGGCGGAGCGGGAGAGGCGGAAACCGAGGCCGAUUCCGCCCAUGUCGGCGAGUCUGCCGCAGCGACCGAGCGAGGACGUCAGGCGGGCGAGCCAGGGCGACGCUUUCCGUGACCGAAGAGGUGAUACCGGCUACGAGUCGCGACAGCCGUCGAGACGCCUCAGCGACCGUCCACCGUCUCCUCCCCCUCACGGCCGUCGAAGGUCUGGCGGGUACCGUCCGCGCUCUCCCUCGCCUAUCCGUGAACCCGACUGGCGCGACCGAGACGAGCGGUAUGUCGGCUCAUACCAUCUCUCCAGCUCGAGCCGGCGCGAUCGUCCGGGACGAGGCAGAUACGCCCCUCCUCUCGACCGUCGAUACCGCGGCGACUACCGCCCGGCUCGCUCGCGGAGUCAAAGUCCGUCUCGGGACCGACGGCACCGUUCACCUUCGCCUGCAAGGCGGCGAGACCGAAGCGUCAGCCGAUCGCGAAGCCGUUCUCGUCCACCGUCGCCCGCUCGUUCACGACGGUCACCUUCGCCGAGACGGUCGAGAUCUCGUCCUCCCGCCAGCUCGAGACACUCCCGUUCACCCUCUCCGUCUCGCACGUACGCCUCGCGAGGACGCUCCCGCUCCGUCACGCCUUCUCGCCCAGCGAACGGUCGUGACCAGGAGACGCCUCCACCGCCAGUCGACCCCGAGCUUCGCGACGCCAUCUCCCUUUCGGUCCCCGUACUCUCUGCGAACCCGACGCCGCGACCUGCCUCUCCGGCUCACAACCGGCCGCCCUCCGCGAAAGCCGAUCCGGCACAGCAGCAGCCUCCGCAACGGCCGAUGCUCAACAUAUUCGGAGCUGCGCGCCGGAUCCUCGGGAACGGGCGUGUCGUCACGCUGUCGGAAGACGGCAAAGCCUCCUUACAGACGCACGCAACGGGUCGCAAGGACGGAGGGUUGGCCAUCAGUGGGCGCGGUCGCAACAACGGCAAGGGAAGAGCGGUACGGCCGAUCGAGCAGGAGCCGUACGACGCCGCUCCUGCGCAUCGUCCCGCCUCGCCCGCCGCGAAGAACCUCCUUGCACGGCUCGGAGGCAUUGCUCCGUCUCCUGCGCCGUCGUCUACGUCUGUCGCCUCGGCAAGCACCGCCGAACCAUCCAGCCUGCAGGAUUCGCUCCGAGCAAAGUUGCAGGCACGCCUCACCGCCGAGUAUCGUCAGGCUCUCGCUUCAAAGAACAACGGUCCUUCGACCUCCUCCACUCUCGGCGCGAAAGGCAAGACGGAUUUGCGGUCGAUGUUGCAGCAGCGGCUACAGGCGGAGAAGGCGCUCGCCUACGAGGACCUCGUCCGCUCACGUGCCUCCGCUUCAUUGGCCGCCGCCCGCGCCGCGUCGACGACCGCUCAGACAGACUCGCUCGCUUCUUUCGGCGCCGGGCUGCUAGGCGGCGGCUCCGACGCAGACGGCCAGACGACCUACAGCCAGGCGACACGCGACCUGCUCAUGGCCCGUCUCGAGGAGGAGAAGCUGCUCGCCGCAGACGAGCUGGCGGGCGGGUUCGCACUCGACUUUGGCGACUCGUACGAGCUUGACUACGGCGACUACGGCGACACGACGCGCGCGCUUGCGCCCGAGCCGGAGCAGGCGAGUCCUCCAGCAGCGGAGGAAUUGAAGCAGCCGAACAAGUCCGAAUCGACUCUCAAGGCGGCACUCCUCGCCAAGCGCCAGGCUGCCGUCGAGGACGAGCUGAAGAAGAAGUCGGGCGAGCUGAAGGAGAAGCUGAUGCGGCAGAAGCUGAUGCAGGCGCGUGCGAAGGCGCAGGGAGGGAAGGCGGCCAAUAGCGGAACAGCGGAUGCCGACACCGGAGGAGGAAUGGAAGGGGGAGCCUAG